AUGCCCCCCCCCCCCUCCUCCUUUCUCUCUCUCUCCUCCUCUAGUCCCCCCCCCCCUCCCUGUCAGAGUGAUGUAGGAGCCCAAGAAUGGGGAAACACCUUCCAAGGAGAAAACACACAUGCACUUUCAUAACACACACACACACACACACACACACACACACACACACAGCUCCUGACUGAGUGCUGCGGGGGUCAGAAAACAGCACAUGUUGCUUUGGACCGACUUGCACUCAACUUUUUCCCAAAGGCAAGCUCUCCCUCAUUUUAUUGUGGCUGUUCAGUUCACGUGCCAAAUCGUCUGCGUCGAAGGAGGCCCAUCAAGCGUCCCUCAUCACCUGACCUAACAUGGGAUGAACCCCUGACCACAAGGCCUCAAGCUGUGCCCCCGUGUAUCCUGACUGCGAGCGCCACCACAUCCACGACCUCUAACCCCGAGGGGCCGCGUGGGGGGCGGCCGGGGUGGGUGGAGGGGGGGUGCGGUAGCCGCAGUUUUGACAACAAUGCGCUGCACCACCCUCCUGGCCCUCUUGUUCGGGGUCUUGCUGUACCUGGGCAUGGGAGCGUUGGUCUUCCAGACUCUGGAGGCUUCCGAGGAGAGCGUCAAGUUCCAGGAGCUGCUGGAUGCCAAAAACAACUUUCUGAAUGAUCACUUCUGCGUCAGCGAGCGGGACUUCUACGAGCUGGUGAAGGGAGUUGCGUCCGCCGUGGAAGCCGGCCUGGAGGUCAGCAACCUCUCCACCAACUUCACCAGCCGAUGGGACGUCGCCUCGACCUUCUUCUUCUGCGGCGCCAUCAUCACCACCAUAGGCUUUGGUAACCUGUCUCCUCGGACGUGGUACGGUCAGCUGUUCUGCGUGUGCUACGCCCUGGUCGGCAUCCCCAUGUUCGGGAUCCUGCUGGCCGGAGUGGGCGACCACAUGGGCACCGUGCUGCGCAGGGCGGUGGCCAAGAUUGAGACCCUCUUCCUGAAACGUAAAGUGCGACCCACCACCGUGCGAGUGAUCUCCGCCGUCCUCUCCAUCCUCAUCGGGUGCCUCAUCUUCCUCGCCGUGCCCACGGUUGUCUUCCAGAAAUCCGAGGACUGGUCCUUCCUGGAGUCGCUCUACUUUGUUGUCAUCACGCUCACCACAGUGGGCUUCGGAGACUACGUACCAGAUGGGAGUCAUGCGGGCGGGUUCUUCUUCAAACCCCUGGUGUGGUUGUGGAUCAUGUUUGGUUUGGCCUACUUUGCCUCCAUCCUCACCAUGAUCGGCAACUGGCUGCGUGUGCUGUCCAAGAGGACGCGCGCCGAGAUGGAGGAGUUGCGGGCCCACGCCACAGACUGGACCCAGCACAUGUCCAAGGACUUCCGGAUCCCCAACCCGCUGGAGUUCAACGACCCCUUCCUGCUGCAACGCCGCCGCUGGAAGCGUAGCGAGCGCCGUCGCAUCCGCCGCGGAGCCCAGGGCACGUUGGGACACUGGGUCCGAUCCGGCUCCGAGAACGGACGCCUUCCCAACCACUGGGCCGGCCUCUCCGGAUCCAUGAGCCGCCUGGAGGUGCUCAGCUCCUCCCUGGAGAGGAUGAUGAUGUCCAAAUCUCGUGUGAGGGUCGUCGGCGCCGGAGUCGGCGGCACGAUUCCGAGAGCGAAGCCCGCCGAGCCCUGUGCCGGUUUGCGGCGGGAAGCCGGGCGGCGCUCCUUACCUCACCUGCUCAUGCGCUCCUUCUCCGUGCCCGUCGCUCGCUCCGCCUCCGAGCUGGACUCUCCUGAAGCGGCCGCGCAGGAAGAAGGCUCACUCUCGGGAUCCGAGUCCGACAUCUCGUCGGCGUCUUCGUCUUUCUCGGUUCUCCGGCGGUUCCAGGCAUGUCACGCGGCAUGCGGCCUUGAAGAUGGAGGAGAAAAUAACCAUCCCGACUCCCUGAUUGCUCCUCUUCCUCCUUACUCUCCCAACGUAGUCGUCGACAACGACGACGAUCCCUCAACUGCGUGUCAGCUGCUAGACUUCUUCGGGGAGAACCUGGCGUACAUCGACGAGUCCUCCGACACGCUGAGCGAGCACGCCUGGACGGUGGGCGGCGAGGACAGGAGGAGCCGAACCCGUAAGCCCAAGAAGAGAAGCAUGAGGAGGCGGCUGUCACGCAGGUGGAGCCCCCUCCAGGCGAGGAGGCCCAGCGGCCUGACGCCGCAGACGCCGCAGCCGCCGCAGACGCCGCCGCAGACGUCGCCGCAGACGACGCUGCCGCCGACGCCGCAGACGACGCUGCCGCCGACGCCGCAGACGCCGGCGCAGACGCCGGCGCAGACGCCGCCGCAGACGCCGCCGCAGACGCCGCCGCCGCAGACGCAGACGCCGCCGCAGACGCCGCCGCAGACGCCGCCGCAGACGCAGACGCCGCAGACGCAGACGCCGCAGACGACGCCGCCGCAGACGACGCCGCCGCAGACGCCGCCGCAGACGACGCCGCCGCAGACGCCGCCGCAGACGCAGACGCCGCCGCAGACGACGCCGCCGCAGACGCCGCCGCAGACGUCGCCGCAGACGCCGCCGCCGCCGCAGACGCUGCAGACGACGCCGCAGACGUCGCCACAGACGCCGCCGACGCCGCCGACACCGCCGACGCCGCCGCCUCCUCCCGUCUCGUCUCUUUCAGACCUGACUCGCUCCGAGAACCACACCCACCCGCUUCCCACACUAUGA